GCCGUAGCACUCGCGCUCACCCUAUAUAUUUCCGCCCCUUGAACCCCAAAAGAACAACUCAUCAGAGUUAGGACUCAAGUCUCAAACUCUCCUCAAGACCACAUAUAUUCCCCUGCGUAUAUACUAUAGUUUUCCAUCAGAUCAUCGACUUUUUGAACAAUACAUACAUACAGAAAAAAUGGCAGUAUCGAGCACUGCUGGUUUAGUGUUCACAGUGAGAAGGAAGACACCUGAGUUGGUGGCGCCGGCAAAGUCCACACCUCAUGAAUACAAACCACUCUCGGACAUCGACGACCAAGAAGGGCUUCGGUUUCAUAUCCCAGUCAUACAAUUUUAUCGCAAGGAUGGAGCGAUGGAAGGGAGAGACCCCGUGAAGGUGAUAAGAGAGGCAGUCGCAAAGACGCUGGUGUGGUACUACCCAUUCGCGGGUCGGCUGAGGGAAUUAGGAGCAGGGCGGAAGCUGAUGGUGGACUGUACUGGUGAAGGAGUACUGUUCAUCGAAGCCGAUGCUGAUGUUACGCUGGACCAUUUUGGUGACGCACUUCAACCUCCAUUCCCCUGCUUGGACCAACUCCUUUAUGAUGUCCCCGGCUCCGGAGGCGUCCUUGACUGCCCUUUGCUUCUUAUUCAGGUGACCCGGCUAGGGUGUGGUGGUUUCAUCGUAGCUCUACGUCUCAAUCAUACAAUGAGCGACGCGCCCGGGUUAGUUCAGUUUAUGGAGGCCGUGGGUGAAGUAGCACGAGGAGCAGAUUCCAUAUCCGUGCAGCCCGUUUGGCAGAGGGAGCUGCUAAGUGCUAGGAACCCACAGCACGUGACGUGCACACACCACGAGUAUGACGAGGUGCCCGACACCAAGGGAACUAUCAUCCCGCUAGAUGACAUGGCUCACCGUUCUUUCUUUUUCGGGCACAAAGAGGUCUCCGCACUCCGCAAGUUUGUCCCACCCCACCUCCAAGACAAGUGUUCAACAUUUGAGGUGCUAACGGCUUGCCUGUGGAGAUGCCGCACCAUUGCGCUUCAGCCUGACCCAGAGGAAGAAGUUCGCAUCCUUUGCGUUGUGAAUGCACGGGGCAAGUUCAACCCACCCUUGCCCGUUGGAUACUAUGGCAAUGCCUUUGCAUUCCCUGUGGCCAUGUCUACAGCGGGUAAGUUGUGCCAAAACCCGUUGGGAUAUGCAUUGGAGUUGGUGAUGAAGGCCAAAGCUGAUGUUACAGAAGAGUAUAUGAGAUCGCUGGCAGACUUAAUGGUGAUCAGAGGGCGACCCCAUUUCACUGUGGUAAGAAGCUACCUCGUGUCGGACGUAACCCGUGCUGGUUUUAGGGAUGUGGAUUUUGGGUGGGGUAAAGCGGCUUAUGGUGGGCCAGCCAAAGGAGGAGUAGGGGCCAUCCCCGGUGUGGCUAGCUUCUACAUACCUUUCACUAACAAGAAUGGUGAGACUGGGAUUGUGGUGCCCUUUUGCCUGCCAGGACCGGCCAUGGACAGAUUUAUGAUUCAACUUGACAGCAUGCUAAAUUCGAAAAAUCCAACCAAGAAUGGCAAAACUUCUAUUACAUCUGCCAUGUGACCCGAUCGAUCCCGGCAGCUUCAUGAUGAAACCAGCUCGUGUUGUUCUGAAAGCAGUAAAAGCUAGCUACAAUUUAAAAAAAAAAAAAGUAAUAAAAGAGGGGUCCGAAUAUUUGCCAGGGUUUAUAUUUGUCAUGUACGCAUACGUUAUCAUUUCCCUGAUUGCUUGUGCUGGGUAAUAAUGAGCUAUUCUUCGUUAAUCUGUA